UAAUCUAAUAUGGAAGAAUUUAAGCUCAGCGAUGAUGUAUUUGAGCAAAUAAAAGAUUUUAACCAUUGGGAAUUAACAGAUGAACAAAAAUUGUUAAUUGAUAAGUUAAUAUUAAAUGAAGAAUUAAAAGAACGUUAUAAAUGUAAUGGUUUGUGCAAAGAAUGUAAACAGCCUAAUACUGGUAAUGGUUGGUGUAAGUCAUGUAAUGUUAAGCAUUUCCAACAAAAUUUCAACAAUUGGACUAGUGGAAAUAAUGAAGUUGAUAAGUUUAUUCAAAAAACACAACUCAGAGCUAAACGUUAUGAAGAAAUUUUAGAGUGGAUUGAAUAUGAUAGAUUUGAAAAUGUUGAAUAUUUGGCUAAAGGAGGAUUUGGAACUAUUUAUAAAGCAAUUUGGAAAGAUGGAUAUAUAGAAGAAUGGGAUUCUGAAAAUAAUCAAUGGGAGAGAAAAGAAUAUUGGAUCCAACAUAAAAAUUUUCCUGUUGUUUUAAAAUGUUUACAUAAUUCUCAGAAUGUUACAUCCGAAUUUUUAAGAGAAAUUGAAUCACAUACCAUGAUUAUUUCAGAUGGUGUAACUCGAUGUUUUGGCAUUACUAAAGAUCCAGAAUCUAAUAAUUUCAUGAUGGUAAUAGAAUACGCAGAAGAAGGUAGUUUAAGACAAUAUUUAAAUAAUACAUUUAAUUCAAUAAAGUGGGUAGAUAAGUUGAAUAUUUUACAAAGGAUUGCAGCUGGCCUCUUAUCCAUUCAUGAAAAAGAAUUAAUUCAUCGUGAUUUUCAUUGUGGUAAUAUGUUAAAAGAUAAUGACUAUACUAUUAUUACUGAUUUAGGAUUAUGCCAACCAGCAAAUGUAAAACCUUCUCAAAAUGAAUAUGAAAAACAAGUAUAUGGAGUAUUACCUUAUGUUGCGCCUGAGGUUUUAAGAGGAAAAGAAUAUACUCAAGAAAGUGAUAUUUAUGCAUUUGGAAUUAUUACAUAUGAAGUCUGUACAGGGCUUCCUCCUUAUCAUGAUAUUGCUCAUGAUAAAAUCUUAGCUAUUAGCAUUUGUCAAGGGCUUAGGCCAAAAUCUGAUUAUAAAAUUCCUCAACUAAUUUUGAACAUAAUUAAACAAUGUUGGGAUGCUGAUCCUUCAAAACGACCUAAAGCAAAUGAAUUAUAUGAUUCAUUAGAUAAUUUAUAUGAUAAAUUACUUGAUGAUAGUGAUGAUAGUGAAAUCAAAAAGCAGGUUGAAGAAGCAGAAAGAAUUAAUGAAAAGAUUACUUCUACUUCAUUACCAUAUAAUGGUACUACUCUUUCAUAUACUACAAAUCCUCAAGCAGUUUACACAAGUAGACUUUUAAACUUUAAAAAUCUACCAGAACCAAAAAAUGCUAUUGAUAACAAAGAUGACAAUAAUUCAAUUGGAGAAUAUUCAGGUAAUUAAUGUUCUAGUUUAUAUUAGAAAAAGUAUUCUUGAUACAAUUAUUUUUUUGUUUUCUAGAAUCCAUAGAAG